AUGGUUGGGGUGGCUGGGAAGUCGAAAGGGUGCAACACGUGUCGAAAACGGAAAAUUGCUUGUGAUCAGCAGAAGCCGGCGUGUAACCGGUGUACACGGUCAAAUCGAGUGUGUGGUGGGUACGAGAAAGACAGAGUGUUUGUGCUCGUUCAACCCGCCGCGGAGAAAACACACAUCUACCUAAAGCCCUCUUCUGACCCUCAAAAUGAAGACUCUCCAGAGAGCUCAACACCUGGUUCUUCUCCGCCGGCCACGGAGAUUCAUCGCGUGCAAAGAACUUGCUCGUUUCCCGAGACCAGCCCCGGCUAUCAACUGAUCCACAGCAGCAUCGAACGCCACAACUUAGUUCAAGCUUUCCUCUCCAAUUGUUUCCCAUCACAAUGGGUGACCACGUCUCCUCGAUCCUGGAUCCCCUUACUUGCAGAGCUACCGACCAAAGCCAAAACCCUCGAGAUAUCGGCUGCGGCAGUUGCAGCCUCGGCGAUUGGAAAUAUGUUCCAUAUGCCUGGUCUGGUCAAAACAAGCCACAAGUACUAUACUCAGGGCCUCCGUCAGCUACAAAGGGCCCUGCAUGACCCACUUCUCAUGCGCGAAGACGAAACUCUUGCGGCAUGCAUGGCCUUGAGUCUUUACGAGGCGCUUGAAUGUCCUACGGCGGGAUCUGAGGGCUAUUUCAGUCAUUGCCAGGGUCUUAUCGCAUUGGUUCAAGCUCGUGGUGUACAUGCACAUACUUCUGCUGUUGGUCAUCAGUUAUUUCUAGGGCUCCGAAUUCCAGGGAUAUUAUACGCCUUACAACGCAACACCUCUACUAUCUUGUUCGACUCCAUCUGGAUGGAGCAGCCCUGGGUAGAAUAUACGAAGUCACCACUUGAUUGCGUCACUGAUUGCUUUGCCCAUGCUCCUGGGAUCCUGGAGCGGGUAAGAAAACUUCCAACCCUAAGCGCCAAUCAGCAGCUCGGCUUGCUUUAUAAUCUGGUCCAUGAAUGCUGGCAGGUAGACAACCAGCUGAAUAUCAUACACGACGGGAUAGUAAAGAACGCGCCGGGUCCUCUAUACUGGCUAGUGCCCUCACAGCAAAGCUUUUUGGCUCAUGAUGAUUCCGUCGUGGGUCUUUUCCCAUUCGUCUUCUGCUUUUCAAACAUCCAAACCGCCAGAACACUGACGCUCUUGUGGGCAACGCGAAGUAUGCUCUGGACGGGUCUAUGUAAUCUAUACAACUAUGCCAACUUCCUUGCAGCUGGGAGCUGCAAAUUCAUCACUGAUGAGAGUAGUCUACCUCCUCUUGGCCAUCGUGAAGACUAUGUUUCCAUGGCCUGUCAUGUCUGUCAGUCGGUGGAGUAUUUUCUGCAAAAUGAGAUGCUGCUGGCGGGGCCAAUAUCAGUCAGUCCAGCGCUUGGUAUUGUUCUUGACAGCCUACAGCAAGGAUAUCAUCCUCAAGAAGUUACGUGGCUUCGAGCAACACUUGAUGUAAUCCGCCGGAAAGGUUUGCAGGCACUGGAAUAUGUCACAUAA